AAGGAAUCCUUUGCCUGUCCGUACAGGGACAAAAACCCCAAAAAAAGUAAAAUGUCAAAAGUUUGUAAAGAGAAUUCGUAAAAUCUCAAAAUAUUGAUGAGCUAAUAACACUGAAAUCAAAUUAUGAAAAAUCAGUCGGCUCAUAAUUAUCACCAUGUCGAAUAAAACUGACGGCCUUAUCAACAACGUCACAAAUCUAUUACAGCAGGACUACCGUGGAGUUAAUAUAGCCGUCUACGCACUCGCUACUGCUGGUCUGGCUGUAUCCAUCUACAAAAUUCGGCCGGUUAGCAAGUUUUCGAAAGCGACUAAAAUUCCGGAUCAUUUCUUACGCAAUCAUGAGCCGCUGAGAGGAAUAUAUGCAGGUGUACAACAUUCACCAGUGCGAGUGUUGGUGAACCACCAGGCUCCGAUAUAUUUACCACUGUGGCAUUCCAGUAAACCACCAUUACCAGUAAAGCUUUGGGGUGUUGAUGUUGUGAGUGGCAAUGCUGUAAAUUGGCUGGAAUGUGUGGCACGUGGACAAAAAGUUACUUUGAAGCCUAUAGCAAGAGAGGAGGAAACUCUUGUCUCCACUGUAUUAUUGCAUUUGCCACAAUCCAAGACUAAAUCAGUGGAGACACUUGACAUUGGGCAAAAAUUGGUAGAACUGGGAUUUGCCAAAGCUUGUGUACCACAAAACAUCAGCAAAAACACUUUGGAGUCCAAAUUGGCCCCAGCUAUAUUGUCUGCUGAAGCUCAUGCCAAAAGGUAUCGCAAUGGAGUUUGGUCAGACAUGCUGCCUCCUCUUCCACUGUAUGUUUUGUAUUGGAGAAAGAGUUCCCAACUUACAAUGGAGCUUGUUGCUAUAAGCUUCAGGAAAUUCCUGCAGAUUUUAAUAUUCCUAUCCAAAAGUGCCUUAGUUGGGGUAAAGAAAGUAGCCCUAAUGCCCUUCAAAUCUAAGCCCAAACAAGUACAAGCCACAUGAUAGCAUUUAAAAAUAAAUGAUAACUCUUGUUACUUAAUCUUGUCAAAAGAUUGUACCAAAUGCAUUACAAAAAAAAGUAAUGAAUUGAGUACAGUCUAAAAAAAAUGCAUUUGCCUAUAACAAAAUUGUAUAUAACUGUUGAUUAAUAAAG